AUGUACAUCACUCUCUACUUCAUCGUCACCCGCCUCCCUGACUCUCUUCGCGCAGUCAGGGACCACUUUCUCGCCCUUGACCCCACAGACCUCACUGUCGACCUGCUCGAGAAGCAUCUCCUUGCAGCUGAGACUAGCAUAGUCGCUGUAGGUGCUUCUCGUGGCACUCCUCGCACUCCCUUCUUUGAGGGGUGUUCCCCCUCCCCCCUUGCCCCCUCUGUCGCUUCUGCUGCUGCAGUUGACUUUCUUCGUGCUGAGGAGGUCAGGGCUGUGUCUGCUCCUAGUGGAAGGCGCUGCGGCGGCAAGGGCAAGGGAGGCAAGGGUGGUGGGGGUGGCGGCGGUGGAGGUGGUGGUGUCGGCGGUGGAGGUGGUGGUGGUGGCGGUGGGGGUGGCGGUGGGAGUGGUGGUGGGGGUGGAGGCUUCAGUGGCGGCGGUGGUGGUAGCGGUGGGAGUGGUGGCGGCGGUGGUGGCAGCAGUGGGAGUGGUGGCGGCGGCAGUGGUGGCGGUCGGGGUGGAGCGGUCCAGAGGGGAGGUUCUGGCGGUGGCCAGAGGCAGCAGCAGCAGCGUCCGCGUGAGACCCUUACGCCCCAGCAGCUUCGUGAGUUGUUUCCUCAGCGUGGGGCGUCUAGGGGUAGUGUUCGCUGCCAGUACGUCAUUCACACAGGCGAUCGGGCUAGUCAGAUAUGUGGGAAGGUUGGUCACACACAGUACCGCUGCUUCUCCCGUCUUGACGACGCCUGGCGCGCAGAGUUUGGCAACGAGGCUGAGAUCCCCCGCUGGCUAGAUCUACUUAGGAACAAUGUGGAUAUAUUUGCUCUUGACUAUGACGCUAUCCUUGCUGGCAUGUAUGCUUUGACUGUUAGUGCUGAGGGUGACUGUUACCUGUGUGUGCCGCCCGACCCAGGUAUAGAGGCUGCUGCUCUAGGUGCUAGUGCGUCAAAUAUCUCUGGUACUGCGCCUGCUGAGGCCUUGCACACCUUCACGCUUGACUCAGGUGCUUCCCGCUGCUUCUUUCGCGACAGUACCACAGUCACACCACUCCCUGCACCUAUUGCAGUAUCCCUGGCUGACCCCUCAGGGGGCCCGGUUCUUGCACGUUCCUCCACUGUUCUCCCGUUCCCGGCGGUUCCGUCUAGCUCAUUGUCAAGUCUUCACCUCCCCUCGUUCUCUACGAACUUGGUGAGUACUACUGCCCUCCACGAUGAGAUGGUCACUACCACCACUCCUGGGGGUCAGCGUGUGUUGAUCUUCACGUGUGCACACAUGGGCUAUUACCUGGCCACGUUCACCCGUCAGCCUGGGUCGAGUCUGUACACACUGACUACUGAGCCUACUCAGGUGGCUGCGUCUGGUCAGGUGUCCGCGUCAGGUCAGGUAGCAGCCCCCUGUUCGUGUCGCCUCCUCACGCACCAGACUCUCCUUUGGCACCACCGCCUUGGUCACCCCUCCCUGCCACGCCUCCGUGGCAUGCACUCCCGCCUCCUUGUCUCCGGUCUUCCCAGGUCUCCUCCCCUCCCGCCCUCGACUACGCCACCCUGCCUUCCUUGCGUCAAGGGGCGGCAGCGCGCCGCUCCUCACUCCUCGUUUCCCCCGACGACUGCUCCCCUGCAGACUCUCCAUAUGGACGUGUGGGGCCCAGCCCGCGUAAAUGGAAAGGACCGCGAGCGAUACUUUCUGCUGGUUGUUGACGACUACUCACGCUACACCACGGUCUUCCCCUUGUGUAGUAAGGGGGAGGUCCCUGAUGUCUUGAUCCCUUGGAUCCGCGCUGUCCGUCUCCAGCUCCGCGAGCGGUUCCACCAGGACCUUCCUGUCGUGCGUCUGCACCCAGACAGAGGUGGUGAAUUCUCCUCCCACCUUCUGCGGGACUUUUGUCGUGGGGAGGGCAUCCUCCAGUCGUUCACGGUUCCGACCUCCCCGCAGAAAAAUGGGAUUGCUGAGCGUCGCAUUGGCUUAGUCAUGGAGGUGGCUCGUACCUCCAUGAUCCAUGCGGCUGCUCCCCGUCUUCUGUGGCCGUUUGCUGUCCGGUACGCUGCGCAUCAGCUCAACCUCUGGCCUCGUGUCUCCUUGCCGGAGACCUCGCCUACACUGCGUUGGACGGGGGAGGUUGGCGAUGCGUCGGUGUUCCGGGUCUGGGGCUCUCGUGCCUUUGUCCGCGAUACCACCGCGGACAAGCUCUCCGCUCGUGCCAUUCCCUGCGUCUUCCUUGGCUUUCCCACUGACGCGCCUGGCUGGCAGUUUUACCACCCCACCUCGCCCCAUGUUCUGUCCUCUGAGGAUGUCACGUUUGACGAGUCGGUUCCCUUUUACCAUCUCUUCCCCUACCGCACUGCCCCGCUCCCCCCCCCGCCUCUCUUCCUCGCUCCAGGUCCCCCUCCGGUAGACCCCCUUCCCCCUCAGGGUCCUGCUCCUUCAGGUGUGUCUCAGGUAGACCCACUCCCCUUGGCUGAGCCUCUUGAGGUCACUUCUGACACCUCUGGCCCAGCUGAGGGGGGUGACGUUGCUGCUGACGACGCGGCGGCCCCCCGCCGCUCACCACGCUUGGAGACCCCUCCGGGUUUUCCACCUCGACCGUCUUCGCCGCCUCUGCAGCCGGUUGCUGUCGACUCUGGUGCUGCUGGGGGUGGUGCUGCUAGGGGUGCUGAGUCUAGGGGUGCUGAGCCUGAGCGUGCGGAGCCUGAGGGUGCUGGGUCUGGGGGUGCGGAGCCUGGGGGUGCUGAGCCUAGGGGUGCCGAGCCUGCGGGUACUGAGUCUGGGGGUGCGGAGCCUGGGGGUGCUGCGCCUAGGGUUACUGCGUCUGCUGUAGUGGCGCUGCUGGAGCUGGAGGCACUGUCGCUGGAGGCGCUAGCGCUGGAGGCACUGCCGCUAGAGACGCUGGCGCUGGAGGCACUGACGCUUGAGACGCUGGAGCUGGAGGCGCUGGAGCUGGAGACCCUGGAGCUGGAGGCGCUGGUGCUAGAGGCCCUUGAGCUGGAGGUGCUGGCGCUGGAGGCUCUGGAGCUGGCGGUACUGGUGUUGGAGACACACACUAUGGCAUUUCGUCCUUCCUCUGUUCCACUACGAGUUUCCCUGCCAUCUCCUCUAACGUCCUCUCUUCCUCACAUUCCGGACCCUGAGUUUGACUUUGUUCGUGCUGCCAGCCCUACUGUCACGCGUCUCCUAGCCACUGUUGUCACUGACCCUUCUUUUGAGUCUACUGCUGCUGCUGCGUGUCGUCUAGACUACGCCGCUAGUCUUGUUGUUGAGUCUGAGUCUGUCUGUCCUCCGUCUGUCGGGGGUGAGUGUGCUCUUGGCACGGACGUCCUUGAGGACAGGCAGGAGGACUUUGAGUGUCUUGCAGCUGCUGUACCUCAUCUCGUGGCCAUGCUGCUUGCACCUGAGGGAGACCCGGAUGCACUGGACAUCCUGACCCCGCGCUCUUACGCAGAGGCGAUUACGGGUCCCUACUCCUCUCAGUGGCAGACAGCCAUGGACGCAGAGAUGGCAUCCUGGAAGUCCACAGGCACUUACGUCAACGUAGGAGUUGACUUCUUCCAGACCUUCUCCCCUACUCCGAAGAUGACCACUCUUCAUGUGUUGCUGCACGUUGCCGCUCAUCGUGACUACGAGCUUCACUCUCGUGACUUCUGCACAACUUUCUUUCAGGGCAACCUGCACGAUGAGAUUUGGCAGCGCCCUCCUCCUGGCUUCACUGGGUCAUUUCCUCCUGGUACCCAGUGGAGCCUCCGACGGCCAGUCUACGGUCUCCGCCAGGCGCCUCGUGAGUGGCACGACACACUGAGGACGACACUUGCGGCUCUUGGGUUUGCUCCUUCCACUGCUGACCCGUCGUUGUUUCUGCGCACCGACACUUCGCUGGAGCCAUUCUACAUCCUCAUGUAUGUCGACGGCUUGGAUUUUGCCACUGCUGACUCUCAGGGACUUGCCCUUGUGAAGUCGGAGCUGCAGAUGAGACACACGUGCACUGAUCUGGGUGAGCUGCGCAGCUACCUUGGCUUGCAGAUCACCCGAGACAGAGCACGGCGCACCAUCACCCUGACUCAGUCACACAUGGUGCACCAGGUCCUUCAGCGCUUCGGCUUCCGGUUCUCCUCGCCACAGUCCACUCCUCUGCCUACUGGUCACUCGCUCUCAGCUCCACCUUCGGACGAGUCCGUAGAGCCAAGUGGCCCGUAUCUAGAGCUUGUGGGCUGCCUCAUGUACCUGAUGACCUGCACUCGACCUGACCUUGCGUACCCUCUUAGCAUCCUGGCACGCUACGUUGCGCCUGGGAGACACCGACCAGAGCACUGGGAGGCCGCUAAGAGGGUGAUGCGCUACUUGUGCAGUACAUCGGGCAUGGGGCUCGUGCUUGGAGGACGGAGUUCAGUUGUCCUCACUGGACACUCAGACGCUUCUUGUGUUGACGAUCUGGCUACGCAGUGGUCGUUACAGGGUUACACUUUCAGCCUUGGCUCCGGCCUUGUUUCUUGGCAGUCUACCCGCUCGUCUUCUGUUCUUAGCUCCAGUUGUGAAACUGAAAUCUACGCAGGAGCCAUGGCUGCACAGGAGUUACGCUAG